AUGGUGGAUGAUCUUGUUACCUCCAGGGAUCUGGCCCCAGCCCCCUCUGUGUCCACUGAAGGUGUCCUGUGUACUAUGGAUUAUGUGAAACAGUUGCUCCUGACCCAGAGUGGUAGCAGCAGCCUGCAGUUUUUCCUGUACCAUGCUGUGGUUCAGAUGGUCUUCUCAGAACUGCAAAACUUGAGUCCCCAUUCCCAGAACCUCAAGGCAGUACCAAGGCGCCCUUUCCUUCCACCUACACCCUCAGACCAAGAUCCCGAGCACAGGUGUAUGACCACCACCAUCACACAUCCAGCUUCUGGUCUCCUUUUAGGAGCAGGGACUAACUCACUAGGCGAGCUGUUUCACUUCCUCCCGAACUCCCCUCAGGCAGGAGUAUCUCAGUGCCCCACAACCUUCGCCAUGGCUGAUACAUAUGCGGUGGUGCAGAAGCGCAGGGCUACUUCAGGCCCUGGGUCAGGGUCUGGAGCAUGCAGCACGGAGGGGGCACCGCUCUACAGCCAUGUGACGCCGGGCACCCGCUGGCUGCAGGCACCCAGAGAGGAGGAGGCACAACUGGGCGGUGGUGAGUUGACAGGCUGGGGGAGGGGUUGGGGAGGGCCGGCCCCAUUUCCUUCUGGGGACCACCACAGCUGGACCCUCUGCCCCAGGCAGAUCUGGCCACCGCCUGGCUGCUGGUCACGACCGGAAGUGUCCCAGGCCAAACCGCAGGGCCUGCACUGGGUGUGCUUCUCCGGAAGUCACCUUACAUACGAGGACGUGGCUGGUGGAUCUCAGGCCAGUGGUCUAGGUUUCAACCUGCGCAUUGGGAGGCCUAAAGGGCCCCGGGACCCUCCUGCGGAGUGGACCCGGGUGUGAAUGCUGCGCCCAGCCUGCCUGCUACCCCACAUGGGUGCCUGGACUGCUGAAGGUUGUGCUCUGCUUUGUGAAGUGUUGGGAAUGGAAACACUGGGCCUGGAUCAAAAUAAAAAUUCUCAGAGUGGGAAA